CUCUCCAACAUGGCCCAACGAAUGCGAGCAGUACAGUACACUUCGGUUCAGGGUGGCCUUGAGAAGAACCUACGCUAUACCGAAGAGGCACUAGCACCUCAGCAUGAUGAACAGAUGCAACGUGGCGAUCACAUUAUGGUCGAAGUCAUCUCUGCUUCGAUCAAUCCACUGGAUUGGAAGAUGCCCGAGACCCCUGUCAUUGGCAAGGCCUUGACUUACUCUUUCACUUCGUCCGCCACGAUACCCGGCAUGGACUACUGCGGUAGAAUCAAGUCGACAGGCUCCACCAUUGAUAGCUUAAGCAUCGGCGAGCUAGUUUAUGGUCGUUUGACCAGGCCUACAUCUUCAGGCACUCUUGCUCAAUAUGUCAACAUCGAUCCUGGAACCUGUAUACCCCUGCCAGAAGGAGUCAACCCAGAUCAUGCUGCCACAAUUGGUAUUGCUGGCGAGACAGCUUACCGUAGUAUUGUUCCGAACGUGCAGACUGGCGACAGAGUCUUCAUCAACGGAGGCUCCUCAGGCACAGGUACAUUUGGAAUCCAAAUUGCCAAACUUUUGGGCUGCCAUGUCACUGUCUCCUGCUCAACAUCGGCCAUCGAGCUCUGCAAGGAGCUCGGUGCAGAUGAGGUCUUUGAUUACACCAAAACGGACCUUAUCGCCGAGCUUAUUGAGAGCGGAAAGACAGAGCCAUUCGAACUUAUAGUUGAUGACGUUGGUCAGCCUGACGAUCUUUACAAGAACUCGCAUCUCUAUCUCAACCCUGAAGGCAAGUUCAUCUCGAUCGGCAGCAAAAACGACAUUGCCUCGCUAGCGGCACGCACACUCCCAUCCUUCUUGGGUGGCGGCAGACGCAGAUCUGAACAGGUUCAUGUUUUGCUUGGAACACACCGCGACGACUUGGUACAGUUGGGAAGAUGGAUGGCCCAAGGCAAGAUCAGGGCUGUCAUUGACUCGACCUAUCCUUUGGCAGAUGCGGCAGAGGCAUAUGCAAAGCUGAAGGGUGGUCACGCACAUGGAAAGAUUGUGAUUCGGGUGGGCGCGAAGCAAUAA